AUGAUACUUCGAGCACAAUCAACAGUAGUAUGUCCAACAGGCGUUUGGAAUAGUACUUUUCGAAUAUUAGCAGGCAUAGGAGUAGCAGCAAGUACAACAACAACACUUUAUUAUCCAUAUCGUGCUGUGUUUGAUACAAGUAAUACCCUGUAUGUAGCUGAUCAAUAUAAUCAUCGCAUACAAAAAUAUGUUGGUGGAUCACCAACAGGAACAGUAGUGCCAGGUUUAUCUUUAUCAUAUCCAUGUGAUGUUUAUGUUGACAAUAAUAAUGUUCUAUAUAUAUUGGAUACUAACAAUUACAGAGUAUUGCGUUGGAAUAAUAGCGUUGUUACAGUAGUAGCUGGUGGUCGUGGUUCCGGUUCAACAUAUGACAAAAUGUCGACAAGUUAUUCUAUGUUUAUUGAUUCAUCUUCUAAUAUAUAUUUAUCAGAUAAUGCAAAUCAUCGUGUUGUCUUAUGGUCAGCUGGAAAUCCAAAUAUGAGUCAAUUGGUUGCGGGUGGAUACGGAGCUUCAAGCGCAUCAUAUCAACUGUAUUAUCCUCUUGGAAUCUAUGUUGACAAUACGGGAAUCUUAUAUGUUGCCGAUAGUUACAACCAUCGUAUUCAACAAUGGUACCCCGGUGCAGCUAUAGGUAACACAGUUGCAGGCCAGUCAGGCGUAUCAGGUCCAUGGUCAUAUCAAUUAAGUUAUCCAUCAUCGGUUAUAUAUGAUCAAUAUAAUUAUCUUUAUAUUCUUGAUGGUAACAAUCAGAGAAUUCAACGUUGGGUUCCUGGAGCAGACUACGGGAUAACUGUUGUAGCAACAACAAUGUCUACUCCACGAGGAUUAACUUUUGAUUCUUCUGGAAAUAUGAUAGUUGCUGAUUCUGGCUCUCAUAAAAUUAUUUCAUUUGCUAUGUCAUGUGCACCAAAUGCAACAACAACAACACAGCCAACACCUCAAGUAGCAAUACCAGUGUGUCAAACAGCUGCUUGGAAUCAAACUUUUACAGUUUUAGCUGGAUCAUCAGGAAAUAGUGGAUCAUUACCAACUUUACUUUACAAUCCAUAUAGUUCAUUUAUUGAUAUAUAUGGAAAUCUUUAUGUUGUUGAUUAUAAUAAUCAUAGAAUUCAAUAUUUUCGAAGAGGUUCAACAACAGCAACAACAAUUGCUGGCAUAACAUCAAACGGUGGCUCAAGUUAUUCUCAAUUAAAUACUCCAUCAUAUAUCUAUGUUGAUUCAAAUAGAAUAAUGUACAUAUUAGAUAGAGGUAAUUGUCGUGUACUACGAUGGACUCCUGGAGAUCCACUUAGUUAUCCUAUUGCUGGUGAUCAUGGUUGUGGAUCAGCAUUAACUCAAAUUGAUAAUAGUUAUUCUAUGUUUAUUGAUAAUCAAUAUAAUAUUUAUAUAUCAGAGUAUGGAAAUCAUAGAGUUACAUUAUGGUCACCAACCAAUACAUCAGCUGGAACUCCAAUUGCUGGUGGAUAUGGUUCUGGAAGUACAUCAGAGAAACUUUAUCGUCCAUGGGGAGUCUAUGUUGAUUCAAAUCAAGUACUUUUUGUUGUUGAUAAAUAUAAUCAUAGAGUACAACGUUGGGAUCCAGGAGCGAUGUCAGGUAUAACUGUAGCUGGUGCAACAAGUGAUCCAGGUCCUUGGUCAUAUCAAUUCAAUUAUCCUAGUGAAAUUACUUUCGAUCCAUAUGGUUAUAUGUAUAUUUUGGAUACCACAAAUAUUCGUGUUCAAAAAUGGUUACCGGGAGCAGCUUUUGGAACAACAGUUAUAUUAGCACCAAUGAAUAGUCCAUAUGGAUUCAUAUUUGAUCGUCGUGGAAAUAUUAUUAUUACCGAUACAAAUAAUCAUCGAAUUCUAUCUUUUGCUAUGACGUGUUCUAAUGUAACAACAACAACAACAAUAUCACCACCAACUACACCACAAGCUUCAUUAUGUCCAACAGCUCAAUGGAAUCAAACAUUAUCUGUAAUAGCUGGAAUAGCUUUAACAAUAUCGAAUAUAGUAAAUCCAGCAAUUUUAUUAUAUAAUCCAAAUAAUAUUUAUUUUGAUGGAUAUCAAAAUUUAUACAUUGCUGAUACAUCGAAUCAUAGAAUUCAAUAUUAUCCACGUGGAACAUUAACAGGUAUAACUGUAGCUGGAAGUUUAGGUUCUGCUGCUAGUAACUAUGGACAAUUAAAUAAUCCAUAUGCCGUUUAUGUUGAUUCAAAUCGAGUUAUGUAUAUAUUAGAUACAAAUAAUUAUAGAGUUUUACGAUGGCAAUUUGGUGAACCACGUGGUUAUCUUGUUGCUGGUGGAAAUGGAGCUGGUACAGCAUUAAAUCAAAUAACAACAAGUUAUGCCAUGUUUAUUGAUAGUCAAUCGAAUAUCUAUGUAUCGGAAUAUAGUAAUCAUAGAGUAACACUAUGGUUAUCAAUAAAUACAACAUCGGGAUCAUUAGUUGCUGGUGGAAAUGGUGCAGGAAGUACACCAGAAAGAUUAAAUAAUCCUUGGGGUAUUUAUGUCGAUUCUAAUCAAGCAAUGUACAUUGUUGAUAGAAGUAAUCAUCGAGUACAACUAUGGUUUAAUGGACAAAUCAACGGUAGAACAGUUGCUGGGACAACUAGUGAUGCAGGUCCAUGGGCUUAUCAAUUGAGUAGUCCAACAGCAUUGUUGUUAGAUCAAUAUGGUUAUUUGUAUAUAUUGGAUUACGGUAAUGAUCGAGUUCAAAAAUGGUUUCCAGGUGCAUCUUAUGGAACAACAGUUAUAUCAGCAUCGCUUAAUAAUCCCUGUGGAAUGCAAUUUGAUCGUCUUAACAAUCUUGUUAUAGCUGAUACUGCUUCUCAUCGAAUUGUAUCCUUUGCUGUUUUUUGUCCUGGUACAACAACAACAACAACAGCUCCACCGACUUUAUCACCAACACCAAUAUGUUCAACAGCUCAAUGGAAUCAAACAUUUUCAAUUUUGGCUGGAAUAACAUCAAGUGCAGGAACAACAUCCAUAUUAUUAUAUUCUCCAAAUGAUGCUAUCUUGGAUGGAUAUCAAGACUUAUAUGUUGCUGACACAUCGAAUCAUAGAAUUCAAUAUUUUCCACGCGGAACAUCAACAGGUAUAACUGUAGCUGGAAGUUCCGGUUCUUUUGGUAGUACCUAUGCACAAUUCUAUAAUCCACGUGCAAUUUAUGUUGGUUCAAAUCGAGUUAUGUAUAUAUUAGAUACAAAUAAUUAUAGAGUUUUACGAUGGCAAUUUGGUGAACCAUUUGGUCAUGUUGUUGCUGGUGGAAAUGGAGGUGGUACACUAUUAACUCAAAUAACAACAAGUUAUGCCAUGUUUGUUGAUAGUCAAUCAAAUAUCUAUGUAUCUGAAUAUAGUAAUCAUAGAAUAACAUUAUGGUUAUCAACAAAUACAACAUCAGGAAUAUUAGUUGCUGGUGGAAAUGGUGCAGGAAGUACAUCAGAAAGAUUAAAUAAUCCUUGGGGUAUUUAUGUUGAUAUUAAUGGAUCAAUGUAUAUAUGUGAUGCAUCAAAUCAUCGAGUUCAAUUUUGGCAAUCUGGAGCACUCAGUGCUAGAACAGUUGCUGGUACAACUGGUGAUCCAGGUCCAUAUGCAUAUCAAUUAAAUACUCCAAGAGGCGUAACAGUUGAUCCAUAUGGUUAUAUAUAUGUAUUAGAUUCGUCAAAUUUACGUAUUCAAAAAUGGUUUCCAGGUGCAACUUAUGGCAUAACAAUAAUAGCAACAUCCAUGAGUAGUCCAAGUGGAUUGCAUGCUGAUAAUCAAGGAAAUCUUGUUGUUAGUGAUACAAAUAAUCAUCGAAUUCUAUCUUUUGCUAUGACAUGUCCUGGUACAACAACAACAACAACGGCACCACCAUUUCAAGCAACAAUUCCAGUAUGUUCUACAGCUGUUUGGAAUCAAACAUUUUCUACGUUAGUUGGAUCAAUGGGUACAUAUGGUUCAACAACAACAUUAUUGUAUAGUCCAUCAGGUAUUGCUUUUGAUGGAUAUGGAUAUAUGUAUAUUGCUGAUAUAAGUAAUCAUAGAAUUCAACAAUAUCCUCCAGGAUCAAAUGUUGGUACAACUGUAGCUGGUGUAACAAGUUCUUGGGGAAGUUCACGAGGACAACUUUACAAUCCAUAUGGUUUACAUGUUACUCGUAAUCGAACAAUGUUUAUAUUAGAUACAACAAAUUAUAGAGUUUUGAAAUGGCAAGUUGGAGAUCCAAUGGGUUAUAUUGUUGCUGGUGGAAAUGGUAAUGGUGCAGCAUUUACUCAAAUUGGUGUAAGUUAUGCUAUCUUCGUUGAUGGUCAGUACAAUAUUUACAUAUCAGAAUAUAGUAAUAAUAGAAUAACAAAAUGGUCUAUUAAUAAUGCAACUUCUGGAGCUUUGGUUGCUGGUGGAAAUGGUGUUGGUAGUACAGCAGAUAAAUUAUCUAGUCCUUGGGGAAUUUUAGUUAAUAAUAAUUCUAUAUAUAUUGUUGAUCAAGGAAAUCAUCGAGUGCAAAAAUGGGAUUUUGGUGCAAGUCUUGCUACAACAGUAGCUGGUUCAACAAGUGAUCCAGGCCCAUGGUCAUAUCAAUUUGAUACUCCAACGUCAAUUACGAUGGAUCCGUAUAAUUAUAUGUAUAUAUUAGAUUAUAAUAAUGACAGAGUUCAAAAAUGGGCUGCAGGAGCUCAAUACGGUAUAACAGUUGUAUCAACAACAAUGGCUUCUCCAUUGGCAAUGCGAUUUGAUCAUUCUGGUAAUAUUAUUAUAUCAGAUACAUCCUAUCAUCGUGUUAUAUCAUUCAAUAUGAUGUGUCCUUCACCAACAACAACAACAACAUUACCACCAACUCACACAACAAGAUCUGUAUGUCAAACAGCCAUAUGGAAUCAAACAUUUUCAACAUUAGCUGGAUCAAUGUCAACUGCUUCAUCAACAUCAACAUUACUUUAUUAUCCAUAUGAUAUUGAUUUUGAUGGUUAUGAGAAUAUGUAUGUUGUUGAUUAUUAUAAUCAUAGGAUUCAAAAAUUUCCUCCAGGUUCAAAUGCUGGUACAACAGUAGCUGGUUCGUCAAGUUUAGCUGGAAGUUCUCGUUCACAACUGCGUUAUCCAACAAUGAUUUUUGUUAGUCCAAAUCAAGCAAUGUAUAUUUUAGACACAGAUAAUUAUAGAAUAUUAAAAUGGCAAGUUGGUGACACAUUAGGUUAUAUUGUUGCUGGUGGAAAUGGUAAUGGUGCAGCAUUUACUCAAAUGGGUACCAGUUAUGGAAUGUUUGUUGAUUUAAAUUAUAAUAUUUAUAUAUCUGAACAAACAAAUCAUCGUGUUACGAAAUGGGUUAAUGGAAAUACAACUGCUGGAACUUUAGUUGCUGGUGGAAAUGGUGUGGGAAAUACAGCAGAUAAACUGAAUUCACCAUGGGGAAUUUAUGUCGAUGGAAAUGGAACUAAGUUUGUUGUUGAUAGAGGAAAUCAUCGUGUUCAGCGAUGGGAUACAGGUGCCAGUGUUGGUUUCACAGUAGCUGGUUCAACAAGUGACUCAGGUCCAUGGUCAUAUCAAUUCAAUAGUCCAACAUCAAUUACAUUUGAUCCUUAUGGUUAUAUGUAUAUAUUAGAUUCUAAUAAUAACAGAGUUCAAAAAUGGUAUCCCGGUUCAAGUUAUGGUGUAACUGUUGCAUUAGGAUCAAUGAAUUUACCAAUUGGAAUGACAUUUGAUCGUCUUGGCAAUUUAGUUGUAGCUGAUACAAGUUAUCAUAGAAUUAUUUCUUUUACUCUUCUCUGUCCUUCACCAACAACAACAACAAUAGCACCACCAUUUUUAACAACAAUACCACUAUGUUCAACAGCUGUUUGGAAUCAAACAAUGUCAAUUAUAGCUGGUUCAACAUCAAAUGCUGGAUCAACAUCACAAUCAUUAUACAAUCCAUAUGACAUUGAUUAUGAUGGUUAUGGAAAUAUGUAUGUUGUUGAUUAUACUAAUCAUAGAAUUCAAAGAUUUCAACCAGGAUCUUCUACUGGUACAACUGUAGCUGGUUCAACAGGUUUAGCUGGAAGUCCACGUGCACAAUUGAAUUAUCCAACAGCAAUUAGUAUAACACAAAAUGGAACAAUGUUUAUAAUGGAUACAUCAAAUUAUAGAGUUUUACGAUGGGUAGUUGGUGACACAUUAGGUUAUAUUGUUGCUGGUGGAAAUGGUAAUGGUGCAGCAUUUACUCAAAUUGGUACAAGUUAUGAAUUAUUUGUUGAUAAUCAAUUUAAUGUUUAUAUAUCAGAAAAUUCAAAUCAUCGUGUUACCAAAUGGUUUAAUGGAAAUACAACUAUUGGAACUUUGAUUGCUGGUGGAAAUGGUGUGGGAAGUACAGCAGAAAAAUUGAAUUAUCCAUGGGGAAUUUAUGUUGAUAAUAGUGGUGGAAUGUAUAUUGUUGAUCGCAGCAAUCAUCGUGUCCAAUAUUGGUCAUAUAGAGCAAGUUUUGGUACAACAGUAGCUGGUUCAACAAGUGAUCCAGGUCCUUGGUCUUAUCAAUUCAAUAAUCCAACAUCAAUUACAUUAGAUAUAUAUGGUUAUAUUUAUGUUAUGGAUUUUACUAAUGAAAGAAUUCAAAAAUGGCUUCCAAAUGCACCUUUUGGUGUGACUGUUGCAGCAGCAAAUAUGUAUAAUCCAUAUGGUAUGACAAUGGAUUCACAUGGAAAUCUAAUUGUAGCUGAUACAUCUUAUCAUCGUGUUCUUUCAUUUAGUGUUAUGUGUGCGGCUCCAACAACAACGACGCCUUCACCAGCAACUCAAUCAAUAGUUCCAUUAUGUCCAACAGCUAUAUGGAAUCAAACAUCUUCUACAAUAGCUGGAUCAAUAUCAGCAUCUGGAUCAACAUCAACAUUACUUAAUACUCCGUAUGAUGUGGAUUUUGAUGCAUAUGGAAAUAUGUAUAUUGUUGAUUAUAAUAAUCAUAGAAUUCAAAGAUAUCCAUUUGGAAGAUUUUCUGCUGCAACAGUAGCUGGAUAUUCACCUGGAGGUGGAAGUUCACGUUCAGAAUUAUAUAAUCCAACAUCAAUUAGUGUAUCAGCAAAUGGAACAAUGUUUAUAAUGGAUACAUCAAAUUAUAGAGUUUUACGAUGGCAAGUUGGUGACACAUUAGGUUAUAUUAUUGCUGGUGGAAAUGGUAAUGGUGCAGCAUAUACACAAAUUGGUGCAAGUUAUGGAAUAUUUGCUGACAAUGAAUAUAAUAUUUAUAUAUCAGAAAAUUCAAAUCAUCGUGUUACAAAAUGGUUUAAUGGUAAUACAACUGUUGGAACUUUGGUUGCUGGUGGUAAUGGUUUAGGAAAUACAGCAGAAAAACUAAAUUCACCAUGGGGACUUUAUAUUAGUGUUAAUGGAUCAAUUUAUGUUGUUGAUCGUGGAAAUCAUCGCGUGCAAAAAUGGGAUUCUGGAAUCAAUGGUGGUUUAACAGUUGCUGGUUCAACAAGUGAUCCAGGUCCAUGGGCAUAUCAAUUCAAUAAUCCAACAUCAAUUACAUUAGAUCAAUAUGGUUAUAUGUAUAUAUGUGAUUACACUAAUCAAAGAAUUCAAAAAUGGUAUCCUGGUGCAAGUUAUGGUAUAACUGUUGCAUUAGGAUCAAUGAUUUUACCAAGGGGAUUGAAAUUUGAUCGUCUUGGCAAUUUAGUUGUAGUUGAUACAAAUAAUCAUCGUGUUAUUUCAUUUAGUGUAGCGUGUCCUGCAUCAACAACAACAACAACAUUACCAUUACCUCAAACUCAAAUUCCAUUAUGUUCAACUGCAAUUUGGAAUUCAACAUUUACAACAGUAGCUGGUUCAACAUCAACUGUUGGUUCAACAUCAACAUUAUUAUCUUCUCCAUAUGGUAUGACUUUCGAUGGAUAUGGAUAUAUCUAUGUUGUUGAUUAUAAUAAUCAUAGAAUUCAAAGAUUUCAACAAGGAUCAAAUAUAGGAACAACAGUAGCUGGUUUUAAUCUAUUAUCGGGUAGUGGACGUUCAGAAUUAAAUAAUCCAUCAGGUGUAUAUGUUGAUACAAAUCAAACAAUGUAUAUAUUAGAUACUUAUAAUUAUCGCGUUUUAAAAUGGUAUAUUGGAGAAUCAAUGGGUACAACAAUAGUUAAUGGUCGAGGUUCUGGUUCAACAUUUGAUAAAAUAGGAAGAAGUCAUGGAUUUUUUCUCGAUAAUAAUUCUAAUAUUUAUGUAUCUGAAUAUGCAAAUAAUCGAAUUACACUAUGGUAUAAUGGAAAUAAUACUGCUGGAUUAUUAGUUGCUGGUGGAAAUGGUGUUGGAAGUACAGCUGAGAAAUUAAAUUCACCAUGGGGAAUUUAUGUUGAUAAUAGAAAUGGAAUAUAUAUUGUUGAUCGUGGUAAUCAUCGUGUUCAGUAUUGGCCAUCUGGUGCAAGUCUUGCAACAACUGUAGCUGGUUCAACUAGUGAUGCUGGUCCAUGGUCAUAUCAAUUUAAUAAUCCAACAUCCAUUAUACUUGAUCCAUAUGGUUAUAUUUAUGUUUUGGAUACUAGUAAUGUAAGAGUUCAAAAAUGGUAUCCAGGAAAUCCAUAUGGAAUAACAAUAUUAUCAACAACAAUGAGUAAUCCAACUGGAAUGUCGUUGGAUUUUUCAGGAAAUUUAUUUAUAGCUGAUACAAAUUAUCAUAGAAUAUUAUCUUUUCCUUUAUUAUGUCCAUUAUCAACAACAACAACAACACAACCACCAACAUCAUCUCAAAAUCAAAUUUGUACAACAGCUGCAUGGAAUCAAACAUUUUCAGUAGUUGCUGGUAUAACAUCAAGUCUUGGAACAACACCAUCAUUAUUAUAUAAUCCAGCUGAUAUUGACUUUGAUGGAUAUGGAAAUAUGUAUGUUGCUGAUAGAUUAAAUCAUAGAAUUCAAUUAUUUCGAUCAGGACAAACAAUUGGUACGACUGUAGCUGGAAAUUCAGGUACAAAUGGUUAUGGAAGAAGUGAAUUAUAUAAUCCAUAUGGAAUAUUUGUUAGUUCUAAUCAAACAAUGUUUAUAUUAGAUACAACAAAUUAUAGAGUUUUUAAAUGGCAAUUAGGAGAUCCAAUUGGUUAUACUGUUGCAGGUGGAAAUGGUAAUGGUGCAGCAUUUACUCAAAUUGGUAUAAGUUAUUCAUUCUUUGUUGAUGAUCAAUAUAAUAUUUAUGUAUCAGAAAAUUCAAAUAAUCGUGUUACUCUAUGGUUUAGCCGAAAUAUAACUGCUGGAGCUUUGGUUGCUGGUGGAAAUGGUUUAGGAAAUGCUGACGAAAAACUAAAUUCACCAUGGGGAGUUUAUGUUGAUUCAAAUCAAACAGUUUAUGUUGUUGAUAGAGGAAAUCAUCGUGUUCAACGUUGGAAUGCAGGAUCAGGCACUGGUGUCACUGUAGCUGGUUCAACAAGUGAUCCAGGUCCUUGGUCUUAUCAAUUCAAUAGUCCAACAUCAAUUCUAUUGGAUCCAUAUGGUUAUUUAUAUGUAUUAGAUUCUGGAAAUUCAAGAGUUCAAAAAUGGUUUCCUGGAGAUAGUUAUGGUAGAACUGUUAUAGCAACUACAAUGGGCACUCCAUUAGGAAUGAAAAUUGAUCUUUUUGCUAAUAUUGUUAUUGCUGAUACAAAUAAUCAUAGAAUAUUAUCAUGGAGUUUAUUAUGUCUUGGAUCAACAACAACAACGAGUCCACCUCCAACUAUAUCAACAAUUCCUUUAUGUUCAACAGCAACAUGGAAUUCAACAUAUAUAACAGCAGCUGGUUCAACAAAUACCUAUGGAUCAACAGCAACAUUACUUUAUAAUCCAUAUGAUGUUGCUUUUGAUGCUUAUAAUUAUAUGUAUGUUGUUGAUUAUAGUAAUCAUAGAAUUCAACGAUAUCCUCCAGGAUCAAAUACAGCUUCAACAGUAGCUGGUUCAACAAGUUCACCUGGAAGUUCACGUGCACAAUUGAAUUCUCCAACAGCAAUUAGUGUAACGCAAAAUGGAACAAUGUUUAUAAUGGAUACAUCAAAUUAUAGAGUUUUAAGAUGGCAAUUAGGAGAUCAACUUGGUUAUAUUGUUGCUGGUGGAAAUGGUAAUGGUGCAGCAUUUACUCAAAUUGGUACAAGUUAUGAAAUAUUUACUGAUAGUCAAAAUAAUAUUUAUAUAUCAGAAUAUUCAAAUCAUCGUGUUACCAAAUGGUUUAAUGGAAAUAUAACUAUUGGAACUUUGAUUGCUGGUGGAAAUGGUAUUGGUACGACACCAGAUAAAUUAAAUAAUCCAUGGGGAAUUUAUGUCGAUAGUAGUUAUAGUUUAUAUAUUGCUGAUAGAAAUAAUCAUCGUGUUCAACGAUGGGAUUCAGGUGCUGCUAAUGGUAUAACUGUUGGUGGUGAUACAAGUGGAACUUCUGGUUCAUUUUCAUAUUUAUUGAAUAAUCCAACAGGAGUUAUGGUCGAUCAAUAUGGAUUUAUUUAUAUAUUAGAUACCGGAAAUUCACGAGUUCAAAAAUGGUCUCCAGGUUCAACAUUUGGUAUAACUGUUGUAUCAUCAACAUAUGGUACACCUAUUGCAACAGCAACAUUGAAUAAUCCAUUAGGAAUGGGAAUAAAUUCCUAUGGAAAUAUAUUUAUAGCUGAUACAAAUAAUCAUCGUGUUCAAUCAUUUUAUUUAUUGUGUCCUGCAACAACAACAACAAUUUCACCGUCAAUACAAACUUCAAUACCAUUAUGUUCAACAGCUGAAUGGAAUUCUACAUCAACUGUAAUUGUUGGUCCAACAGGAACUUCUGGAAACACGCCAACAUUUCUUUCAAGUCCAUAUCAUCUUACAUUUGAUAGAUAUCAACAAAUGUAUGUUGCUGAUUAUGCUAAUCAUAGAAUUCAACAAUAUUCAUAUGCAUCAAAUGUAGGAAGAACAGUCGCUGGUAUAACUUCAACUGGUGGAAGUACAUUAGGUCAACUUUCAAAUCCAUCUGCAGUUUAUAUUGAUUCAAAUGAUAAUAUGUAUAUAUUAGAUACAUCAAAUUAUCGUGUUCUUCGAUGGGAAUUAGGAAAUCAAGUUGGUACUAUUGUUGUUAAUGGUCGUGGUUUAGGUACAACAUUAGAUAAAAUCGGAGUUAGUUAUGCUAUGUUUGUUUUUAAUCAAACUUAUAUUUAUGUAUCUGAAUAUGGAAAUAAUCGUGUUACCAAAUGGGCAAUAUCAAAUAAUAUUCUUGGACAAUUAAUGGCUGGUGGAGCUGGUUCUGGUAGUACAGCAGAAAAACUAAAUGGUCCAUGGGGAAUUUAUGUUGAUCGUAAUGAAACAUUAUAUGUUGCUGAUCGAUUAAAUCAUCGUGUUCAAAAAUGGAUUUUUGGAUCAGCAGUCGGUAUAACAGUAGCUGGACAAAGUGGAGUAUCAGGUGUAUGGUCAUAUCAAUUUAAUAAUCCAACAUCUAUUAUAUUUGAUCAAUAUAGUAAUAUGUAUGUAUUAGAUUCUGGAAAUACACGAAUUCAACAAUGGUCUAAAGGAAUGACAUAUGGUAUAACAAUUGUAUCAGGAUCAAUGUCAACUCCAUCUGCAAUUCAUUGGGAUUUUUCAAAUAAUAUUGUUGUUGCUGAUACUUCAAACCAUCGAAUCGUAUCAUUUAAUGUUUUAUGUCCUUCAACAAUAACAACAACUUCAGCACCUUCAACAUUACAAUCAAAUUCUCCAUGUCAAUCAGGUGUUUAUAAUACAAGUUGGUUAAUUGUAGGUGGAGUAUCAUCAACUUCUGGAACAUCAUCUAUACAUUUAAAUAGUCCAAUUGAUGUUUUUGUUGAUGGAAAUUUUAAUAUUUAUGUUGCUGAUUAUGGAAAUAAUAGAAUUCAAAAAUUUCAUAUAGGAGUUUUUGCUGCAAGUUCAAUAGUAGGUGGUUAUACAUUAGCUGGUGGUUCAGCAUAUUCAGAAUUAUAUAGUCCAACAUCAAUAUUUGUUGAUUUAAAUGGAGUUCUAUAUAUAGCUGAUGCUGCUAAUUAUAGAGUUCAAAAAUGGUUACCAAAUCAACCAUUAGGUUUUACUAUUGCUGGUGGAAGAGGAAAUGGUUCAACAUAUGAUAAAAUUGGCUUUGUUUAUUCAAUUUUUGUUGAUAAUCAAGGAAAUACAUAUGUUUCAGAAAAUAGUAAUCAUAGAGUUACAUUAUGGGUAUCUGGUAAUACAACUGCUGGUCGAUUGGUUGCUGGAAUAGGUGUUACUGGAAAUUCACAAGUUCAUUUAAAUAGUCCAUGGGGUGUUUAUGUUGAUUCAAAUGAUACUCUAUAUGUUGUUGAUAGAGGCAAUCAUAGAAUUCAACAAUGGAUAAAAGGUUAUGUUUAUGGUAUAACUAUUGUUGGAGUAACCGGUACUUCUGGAUCGAGUUCAUCUCUUUUAAAUUCUCCUACGACAAUUACUUUUGAUUCAAAUAAUUUUAUGUAUAUCAUGGAUUCAGGAAAUAAUAGAAUACAAAAAUUUUCACUUGGUUCUACAACUGGAACUACUAUUCUAUCUUCAGCUUUUAAUUCUCCAAGAGGUAUGAGACUCGAUACAAUGGGCAAUUUAUAUGUUGUUGAUCAGAAUAAUCAUCGAGUUCUUCUUUUUCGAUGUGGUAAGUCAAAAAUUUCUUAA